AUGCGCGGUCGCCUCGCGGCCUACUCGAGCUCCUUUGGGCCCUCUGCUGCUGUCAACUUGUCGGGGGGCGCAACCAACAACUUUACGAACUUCGGUGCUGCACAGUACAACAUCGUCCAUGGCUCUUCGCUCCAGACCCAGGCCACGCCAGGAGUGGGACACGCUCUUACACCCAACAAGCCGUCGCCCUUCACCCUCCAGACGCAGUCUGCAGCUCCCGCUGCUGGCUAUGGACCCAAUGCUGCCUCUGGCGGGUCCCCUCAGACGUUCACGGCCACAGACGACUCAAUGGAGGUCAUCGACGAUUCCAGCGAUGAAGACGUGAUCCAGUUUCUCCAGCAUGCCCCUCCAAACACUAAGUGGGCGGAUCACAAGUCUCUCCACAGCACUGCCAUCUUUGCAACCGCACCAAAGGCAGCUCCCACGGCCAAGGACGACCUCCAGAAGAAGAUCUUCUCGCCCGGUCCGGGGAGGUCGAUAUCGUUCUUCCUCGACGCUGGAUGUGCCCCGCGCCUCCCUGAGAUGUUCAAGGUCGAGGGGGGUGUCAAUGUCGCGCCAGAGGACGCCCAGUUCCUGGUCUUCAACGUCCACUCGGCAGCCGACCUCACCCAGGAGCAGAAGGCAUUCAUCCGUGCCCAGCCCAUGAUGACCUUCGUCGUGACGCAGGGCUGGGUGCUGCAGUGCAUUGCAGAAGGUCGCCUUGGAGAUGUUCACAAGGCCCAUCUUGCCAUCUAG